UCACUUUGAUAAUUCGGAUUAUCUGGCCGCCAUUACAUAUUAUAUUAUAACUGUCUGAUCGCCGUCGACGCCCAGAUCAGUCGUCAAAGCAGUCUUGAGGACGGUUCCAGUCAUUACGUGAGAGUUAAAUUAGAUUCUUGACGUUUAAUGGCAGACUCCGGAAAGACGUCUACCUCUGAGGUGAAGAGGGUUUCGAGGGUUUCUCUUGGAGUCGGUGGCGUUUUGGUGGUACACGAUGACGAGCCGAAGCGAGGCGCCUGGGCCAACCAGAUCGAAUUUAUUUUAUCCUGCAUUGGGUAUGCUGUUGGCAUCGGCAAUGUUUGGCGUUUCCCUCUCUUCAUAUAUCGCAAUGGCGGUGGCGCCUUUUUAAUACCCUUCAUUCUCAUGUUGGUCACGAUGGGUCUACCUAUAUUCUUUUUGGAGCUUUCCAUCGGUCAAUACACUGGAAUAGGACCCAUAAAGGCUUUCAGCCGUAUGGCACCAGCUUUUCAUGGCCUAGGUCACUGCACACUAGUCGUCAUCUUCUUUGUGAUGAUAUAUUACAUGAUAAUAGUCGCGUGGACUAUAUUCUACACUUUCGCCUCUUUUUUCCCAAAACUUUCCUGGGCGUACUGCGACAACGAUUUCAACACAAACAAUUGUUACAGUAGUAUUCAGGCUGAACAGUGCAAGGAAGAGUCUAAUGCAACUUCUAUAUUUUACAAUAAAAGCUGUGUGGCCAUCCGCACGGUUUGUUCUAGCUUUCACUUUAAUCGUUAUAAUUCUACCCACUGCUCACGCUCAAAUGGCGAGGCUAAAGCGUUCGAGGAUCUUUAUGAACGAGUAUUGUCAUCGGAGGAGUAUUUCAGAGAUUACGUUCUCGGCCUGCGCGGAGCUACCUGGGAGAACUUCGGCGGUAUACGAUGGGAACUAUUCGGCUGCCUGACGCUGGCUUGGAUAGUGUGCUUCUUAUGCCUGGUACGCGGCAUCCAGACCAUCGGCAAAGUCGUCUACUUCACUGCGCUUUUCCCCUACGUCAUUCUCACAAUUCUUCUAAUACGCGGUGCCACAUUGGAAGGCGCUAGUUAUGGCAUUGAGUGGUACAUAUUUCCUGAUUUUUCGAAGCUGGAAGGCGCAAAUGUGUGGGCGGACGCGGCUUCCCAAAUCUUUUAUUCGCUCGGCAUCGCCUGCGGAUCCCUGGUAACUCUCGCGAGUUACAGCAAGUUCAGCAACAAUUGCCACAGGGACGCCACCCUCGUCACCUGUACCAAUUUAUUCACAUCUGUUUUCGCGGGCUUAGUGAUAUUCUCAAUACUUGGAUUUCUGGCCCACAAAAUGGGAGUGCCGAUCGACAAGGUGGUUCAGAGUGCCGAGGGCCUGGCUUUUAUUGCUUAUCCGGAGGCGGUGGUGCAGAUGCCCUGGUCGAAUCUCUGGGCUGUCCUGUUCUUCGUUAUGCUCUUCAUACUCGGCCUCGGUAGCCAGUUCGCAGGCGUGCAGGCGAUAAACACAGCUAUACUGGACAGGCGUCCGGAUUUGCGAAAAUACGAGAGUUACGUGGUACUGGCUAUAUGCGCUACCUGCUGGCUCUUGGCACUUCCGAUGGUAUUCGACGGUGGUAUCUACCUGUUCAAGCUGAUGGACUGGCAUACUGCAUCCUGGGCAAUCCUAUUGAUCGGAUUCGCUGAAGUCGUUGUGGCUUCCUGGUUCUACGGGUGUAACAGAUUUCUAGCUAAUCUCGGCGAAAUGAAAAUAAAAUUUGGCCGAUUUCUCUAUGGCUAUUGGUGGCUUAGCUGGGUCGUCCUUGCACCUGUCACUUGCCUGGGUAUCUUUGGAUAUCAAAUAGUCCAAACUGAUUUUCGCGGAAGUUACGGCAAUUAUAUAUUUCCCGUCUGGGCGGGUGCACUUGGAGUCGGAAUUGGACUAGCUACCUUGGCACCAUUUCCCUUAUUCUUUAGCAUACGACUCUGGCAAACGAAGGACUUCAAGAGUUUAUUUCGGCCCUCGCCGUUGUGGAGGGCGGCUGAGACAAAGGAUACAUUGGAUAACGAUAGCGUCAGCACCGCAGUGGUCAAUCCGGGAUACAGUUCUUCUUCGGAUAAAGCUUAAAUUUAAUUACGCGAUAAUUUAAAUAAAUAUGGAAAUACAGGGUGCCCUGUAGAUUAUUAUUCUCUAAUAUGCAGGUAUAAUUUUGGAGAAAAUAACUCAUUUCGUUUUAGGAAUAAGUUAUUUCCAGCUGAAAAUAGAAUGUCAAUAAAUUAACGUAGCGUACGAAUACAUAAUUGAUCUUUGGAGGACCGGAAACCCUUUUAGGAAUCUUGAACCGUUUUAGUUAAUUUUUGGGGAUUUGUAGUGUUUGUAACUCUUAAUUAAAUCAAAAAUAUUGAAGCACGGUACUAAGUGUACAAUAAAACUUAUUUUUGUAAUAUUUUCUUUCUACUAUUUCUUUAUAUUUUUUAUACACAUUUUUUGUGAAAUGAACUGAUAUAAAGAUAUGUAAUGCAUUUUAUCGAUUUUUACCCUAUAAUUGUGGUAUAAAAAUGUUUUUACAUAAAAAUGUUAUUUCUGAAAUUUUUACUUUACAAUGAUGUUAGACAAUUAUUCUAACAAUAAUAGUAUUUAGUUUAAAAAGCCACAAUUAAGAGAUGUCAUAUUUUCCAGGGAUAUUUACUCAUUUAUAGAUUCGAUAAUGAUACAACCCUUUUCGCCAUUCAAUUCCAUGACAUUGACAAAAAAGUUCUAGCUCUUAAAUUAAAAAAGUCGACCAAAAACACGCCGGUCCUCAGAAGGUUAAUAAAUAGGUUUUUACGUUGAGCACUGGGGAUAAAUUCUGUAUUUCUGAAGGAGUAAAAAUGUGAAAAGUGAGCAACAGUAAUUGAUGUAUAUAUCGUUAAUCCUAAAAAUAUUAUAUACACCAAUCAGUAGAGACAGUACUGCUCACUUUUCAUAUUUUCACUUUCUUCAGAAUACAGAAUCGACCCUCUGGUAUCUUUCGACAAAACUCUGAACCCAAUUUGAUUUUUAUACUUAAAAUUAUUUAACAUCUACAAAAAUUUUACAGCUAUAUUUUUGAUAAUACUCUAUUUUAUCGAAAAGCUUUUUAGUACAUAUAAAAACACAUAUGUGUUUAUUGGAGCUAUUUAUGUAAAACUAGGAGAGGAUUGUCAAAUACAUACCACUAAAAAUAUUUUUUAUCAUAUUUUCCAUUUGUAACCAAAUGAAUAUUAGUUUGAAUAUGACAGUAUUGAAAAUGACAGUUUGAUGUUUUAAAUAAAGGAACUAGUUUAUAUUUUUA